AUAUCUUUUGAAAAAGAAAAAAAAAAAAAGAAUGGUAGCCUUAUAAGCCUUUAGUUUUCUGCACGCCCAUUAAUAAAAGGUAGAGUUUCAGACCCCUUCAAACAAAAUUUCCCUAAUCAUAAAAUCUAGUUGCCCUUUUCAACACUCAAUCUCAAAGAAUAAAUUAUUUUAAUCAUGCUUCACCCAUUCUAGUUUUUCCGUAACCCUUUAGGGCUUCUUUAUCAAAUUCUUCCAAAAAACACCAAGCAACUAAAAGAAUAUUUGACACCUUUGCUUUCAUGAUUUCACCUUUUCCACUCCACAACUUGAUCAAGAUGUUUUGAUUCCUAUCGAAAUUUAUUCACUUUUCUUCACCAAAGCAUCUUUCUUGUUACUACUAAUCUUGUUCCAAGCAGUCUCCUUUCCUUCCACUCUUUCACAAUUCACCUCCAAAGCAUUAAAUCUUUGUAACUGAAACCGAAAACCCAAAUCCCAAAUAACCUCAACAACGUCAUGAGAAUCCACCCAUUACCCGGGAAAAGAAACAUCACUAUCCAAUACGUGAUGAACCCGAGAAGCGCAAGGUUCCAAUCUCAGACCUUGUUAACUGGUGGGUCCCACAAGAAGCUCCGGAGGCUGCCUCACAUCUUCAGCCGCGUCCUCGAACUGCCGUUCAGGUCGGAUGCCGACGUGGCUGUGGAGGAGAGCCCCGACUGUUUCAAGUUCGUCGCCGAAACGGAUGGGAGCAUCGGCGACGUUGUAAGGGCUUAUUCGGUGGAAAUCCAUCCUGGGGUUACUAAGAUUGUGAUAAGGUCGAACAGUUUGGUGGAUUUUAGUUCGUUGGAUGAUUUGGAGCUUGACAUGUGGCGGUUUAGGCUGCCAGAGACGACUCGGCCGGAGCUGGCGAGUGCGGUUUACGAGGACGGGGAGCUAAUUGUGACGGUGCCGAAGGGAGGGGAAUUGGAGAAUUUGGAGGAAGAAGGUGGUGGUGGUGGUGGUGGUGAAGGGAAUCGGGAGUUUAGAGGAGGAAUGGAAAACGCCUCGCACGAAAGGUCGGUUUCCACCAUUCAGACUAUAUUUUAGAUGUGGCCAUCCUAGCUCCAGGCAACCCCAUCUUUUAGUGUUGGAAGCUGUAGGUACAAAGUUCAACUUCCACACCACAGGUCCCCAAGCCCUUGAGAUGGGGUGGGGAGGGGCUGACAAUGAAAUUUGACCAGGGACCAGGUUGAUCGUUUUGCUUACCUUUUAACUGCUUUUCCUAGAAAUUGGACUUCCUUUUAGAUGAAGUGGGGGGGAUUUAUUUGAUAUCAUUUUUCUUGAUAAGGAUGCCUUUUGGGUUUCAAUUGUGGUGUGACACGCUAAAGGUAGAUUCCUUCACAAAUAUUUUGAGAAUGUUGCGUCCCCUCACGAUAUACUUUAAGCAUCAUACUGGGCUCCCACCACUCUUUGCUGAAUCGAGACAUAAGAAUGUCCCAUGGCCGAGCCUCUGAUGCUACCCCAAAUUGCUGUAAAUAUUUUAUAUCAAUAGGGUUAAUGUCA